AUGUCAAUCUUCUGGGAUAUGUUGCAGCCGUCCUGCGCGAAGGCGAAGCCGUGCCUUCUGAUCACUUCUCGAUUUAUCCCUCCCUCCGGCAACACAGCCUCGGUGUACAUAAUGGCUGUCAUAGACGGCGGCGAAGAUGCCCCGGCAGAGCAGACUCUGUACGAACUCUUGGGUGUGGAGGAAGAAGCGACGCAGGAGGACAUCAUCCGAGCCUAUCGGCAGCGAGCUUUAGAGCAGCAUCCCGACAAAGGCGGGGACAAGGAUGACUUCGACGCGCUGAACAAGGCGUAUGCCACCCUCAAUGAUGACACGCGCAGGCGAGCCUACGAUCUUCAGCUCGCCAAGGAGAGGGAGCGCGAGCUGUUGGUCGAGGGCGGCCGAAGCACGUUCUCCAAGCAGCAGCUGCAGGCGCCCAUGCCUCGAAUCAAGACAGCUCCAACUCCUGGCUCCAAGAGGCAGGCCCAGAUGCGGACGUCGCAGCCCGGGAAGCCACAGUGCUGCGCUCACGAGUGGAAGGGCAUGGGCUCUGGAAAAAGCCUGCUGAAAAUGCUGACGGACGAUGUCACCGCAGAGGAAAGGACGCAGAAGCUUCUUGACCAAUACACCUCCCUGCCGCGGAACAAGGAGAAGAGGCAGGAAUGGACCAAUGGCCUUCGCGGCAAGGAGAAGCAAGAUCUAAAAGCAGCAGCCAAGAAAAAGGAGGAGAAGGAGAGGGCUAAGUGGUCCUCUUGGCUCAGCAACGGCGUAGCGCAUGCCAAGAGCGAGGUGUCUGCCAAGGAGUUCGGUCUCUAUGCCAGCUCCCAAGCCAUGGGAGACCUAGCUGCCCUGGUCGUGCGAAUGAGUUUGACUACCUCGAUGCCACCUCGCGGCCGCAUCACCAUCAAAGCUCCAAGCGGUUAUGCCUUUCCACUGGUGUGCAUUGGCUUUUCCUCGAAGUCUGUCGAGGUCGGCUAUGCGCCUCUGCCCCCACGCACUGCCUGUCAGGGGGGCGGAGAUGUGAGCAGACGCCUCUUGCCCCACCGCGCGGUCAACUCCUCUUCGUCCCGGCGCCUGAGUCUCCUGGCCUCGGAAAUGCAGCUGACGUUGGGACCGGACGAGGCAGAUAGGCUGCUUGCGAACCGGCGCUAUGCCUACUCUGUGGCCGUGCAAAACCCAGGACGCGAGAGUCGACCCCUUGUCUUCAUUUGGGAACUUCGCAGCGAGACCGAAGGCGGCGAUCUGCUCGACAGAUCGCGCACAGCAGACAAUGCUUCAGCAACAGGCUCUCCGCUGCUUCUGCCGGUUUUUGGCUUUCUCCGGGCGAGUGCCAACUUCGCAUUCCAGGCGCACUCGGUCCGCAUCACUUUCCGCGUGCUGACAUCUGGCGAGGGUGGCGACAGCGACAUUGCAGUGGGCUCAGCAUUGCACGACAGAAGUUAUGUUGAUGACAGCUACACGUGUCUCCUCGCUGAAGCGGUCGGGCCCUCGGUGAAAGCAGAUGAGGAUGACGAUGCUGCUCGAAUCGAGAAGGCUGUGUAG